UACAGUUUCGGUGGCGCGGCGCGGCGCUCCCGGGGGCGGUGUUCUGGGCGCCCGGUGCGGGUGCUCGCGGCGCCUGGAGCCGCAGGCGGCGCGGCAGACGUCUGCGGCCCGCGGCGCCGGCCGGCACGCCUCUGUGACAGCCCGGUGACGGCUCGGCGCCGCUCGGCUCGCCGCUCGGGUACGCCGACUGCAGGUGAAGGACGUGCACGGCCGCGGCCAUGGUCGGCGUGCGCCGCCGCCCGCCGCGACUGUCAGUGCAGCCGUCGCGCGACCAGGAGCGCUUCCGAGUGGCGGCCUCGCUGGCACGCGCCGGCCGCAUCGCGCUCACACUCUCCACCGACUGCGACUACAACCAGCGCAUCGGCUCCAGUCAGCAGCAGUCCUCGCCGUCACAGAUCAUCACCACCAUGACGACGACCCGGCGCCGAUCAUCGGCGGGCGAUGCGAUCGGAGUCGCCCCCGGCUUCGCCACAUACCCGCGGCGGGCAUCGCGAGUUAUAGCUAACGUUCUUUCUCACAAGAUGGCAGACGUGACGACUCCUCUCCCUGGGUGGCCAAACAACAAGGAUGAAUACGAACUGGGACAAGUUAUUGGCGUCGGUGCAACUGCGGCGGUGCACGAGGCUUUAUGCAUACCGAGACAAGAGAAAUGUGCAAUAAAACGAAUCAACCUGGAAAAAUGGAACACAAGUAUGGACGAACUUUUGAAAGAGAUCACUGCCAUGUCAUCUUGUCACCAUGACAAUGUCGUCACAUACUUCACCAGCUUCGUCGUCAAGGAGGAGCUGUGGUUGGUGCUGAAACUUCUCAAUGGCGGGUCGCUUCUAGAUGUCAUCAAGCACCGCAUGAAGACGCAGGACUGCAAGCACGGCGUGCUCAACGAGGCCACCAUCGCCACGGUGAUGAGGGAAGUGCUCAAGGGUCUGGAGUACUUCCACAGCAACGGACAGAUCCACAGAGACAUCAAGGCGGGUAAUAUUCUGAUCGGCGAGGACGGCAGCAUCCAGAUCGCCGACUUCGGCGUCAGCUCGUGGUUGGCCACCGGCGGCGACCUCAGUCGCGAGAAGGCGCGUCACACGUUCGUCGGAACGCCCUGCUGGAUGGCGCCAGAGGUCAUGGAACAGGUGACAGGUUAUGACUUCAAGGCGGACAUCUGGUCGUUUGGCAUCACGGUGAUUGAGCUGGUAACCGGCACGGCGCCCUACCACAAGUACCCGCCCAUGAAGGUGCUCAUGCUGACACUGCAGAACGACCCUCCUACCAUCGACUCGGCCGCCGAGGACAAGGACCAGUACAAGGGAUACGGCAAGACGAUCCGUAAGCUGGUCAGCGACUGCCUGCAAAAAGACCCGGCGAAACGUCCGACUGCUGCUGAGCUCCUGAAACACCCCUUCUUCAAGAAAGCCAAAGACAAGAAGUUCAUUCAGCAGAUGUUCAAUCAGUCUGGUCCCAAGCCCUCGGCACCAUCCGGCAGGGUGCAGCGAGCGCCGGGCUCCUCGGGCCGGUUCCACAAGACCGAGGAGGGCAACUGGGUCUGGUCCUCCGGAGAGUCGAGCGAAUCAGACGACGAAGUCCCGACUUCCAGGCCGGCUGAGCCGCAGGCGGACGGCGCCAGCUCCACUCAGUCGGCGCCGGCCGCCGCCCCGGCCCCGGCACCGGCGCCGGCUCCCCCAGCCGCUGCGGCCACUGCCCCCGCUGCCCCCGCCGCGGCCGCCCCAGCGACUGGUGCGGCCCCGCAGCCGGCGGCGGGCACCGGGACCCGAAACUGCAUCGACCUAGUGCUCAGGAUGAGGAACCAGCAGCGGGAGCUGAACGACAUCCGUUUCGAGUACGAGUACGGUCUGGACACGGCCGACAGCGUGGCCCAGGAGCUGGUGGCCGCCGGACUGGUGGACGGCAGGGACCGGAUCGUCAUCGCCGCCAAGCUGCAGUCGAUCGUGGACGACCCGCAGCGCGUCACCACGCUUACCUUCCCGCUGACGGCCGGUUUCUGCGAGCCCCACGAGCGCGACGAGUCGGCCCUGAUGGGCUACGGCCAGCUGACCAUCGACUCGCCACCGUCCACACGCUGAUAGCGCCACCUGCCGCGCACGGCUCACCCGCAACUUGCCAGCCCUUGUGAUAGGUGGCGCUCGCACGCUGCGCAGGCACUAGACCUAAUUGUCAUGUAAACCGUACUAGGAGACGUGAGUUUAAUGUUGUUUUGUUUGAUUUUGAAAAUUUGUUUCUUUGUGUGGUGAUGCUAGCUCGUCGUCUCGCGCCAGGCGUGCCUCCGGCGGAAAUCACUCGCCGGUGGUACUGCAGCGGUCGUGGUUCGAGGGCGGCACGUUGUUAGGGUGGCUGUCCCGAGGAGUAGGUGGUACUUGAAUCAUCAGGUCCCGUCUGGCGCCGCUAGGUGCCGUGCUGAGUGUCAUAUUGGGUGCUCCUCCCGCAUACGUAUCAAACUGAAAGGCCGUCGGGUUGGCGGCGGAGGGACGGACGGAUGUGUAGUGGUCGUCGCCAGUCCGCUCAGAGUGGCCGGGAGCCAAGGAGAUAUUUUAGGAGCUGUGCUCAGAACUCGAAUCGGAGGUAGAUCAUGAUGCAACCGUGUGUAUGAUUCAGCGUUGUUUUCUGUGCCGGGUGUCAAGCGUUACUCCGACAUUCUUCCGAAUUGCGUGCAGUUAAUCGAAUUACGUUUCUCCGGCUGGAGUGCCAGUGAAGACUUCCGUAUAAGUACUAAUGCCAGGCUUGUGUCCAGUGUUUCUGGUGUCUUUUUAACCAGCCGCUCGGUAAGGUAACUGUUCGUUUCUGCACUGACUGCGGACGCUUCUCUAUUCCGUCGAGUGCGCUCUGCUGCCAGUUGGGAGGUUCGGUCUCUGGUGUGCGGAGCGGGGCAUUCAGCGAUCCCAUCGGGACCUUUGCGCUGUAUAGUGGCUCGCGAGGUCGGCGACGUCAUUUUCCCUGGUACAGCGGCGCGUUGAUAUGAUUUGCCAGUUCUUGUCGGCUGUCCCAUCGAAAUAGAUUGACGCAUUGAAC